AGCGCCGAAGGCUCUUGAGGAGGGGCAGAGGAGUCACGAAGUGAAAACCGGGGAGAUUCGACUGAAAAAUAAAAUUGGCGCUUCUAACCGUGAGGCUGCCCAGCUGUUAGAGCUAAGUGGCACCGGUUACCCCCUUUUCCCCAAGCGCGGCUGCCUUCGUGGAAGGGGCGUUUCAGCAGGGCGAGCACGAGUGGAGAGGCAUUGCCUUGGUGGUGAAGGAGCCGAGUGCCCUGUCUGACAGCCGGCAAGCGAAGCCGAGGGCCUAACAGGGCAGGAAAACAAACAUGUGUCGAUUCUUCAGAAUUAAAUAUUGCCACGGGAGUUAUUUGCCUACGCUGCUGACAGAGGCGUUGCUGGUUUGUUUGGAGGCAGCUGAGCUAGCUGGAAGCUAACUGGCUUCGUUGCCAAAAAAAAAAUAACCACAACGGUUUAUGGUGGCUGCAUAGUACUAUCCAUCCACCUGAGUGAUUAGUCACCGUCCCAGGCCCGCAGUGCCUUCCGUAUUGUUGCGGUUAUGUGGCUGUUGAUUCCCAGAAUGAUUUCCACUUCAUGAUAAAGAGAGACUUGAGAAAUGGCUGCGGAAUAUGAAGCGAGAUGCGUGGACUCCGAGUAAACACCAGCUUCUAUGCAGUGAUCAUUUUACCCCCGAUUCCCUUGAUGUGCGAUGGGGUAUACGAUACUUGAAACAUACUGCUGUACCAACAAUUUUCUCUUCCCCAGGUGAUGAGGAAAAAGAUUCUUCUCAGAACAGCCCACAAGAGAGAAAGAGAGAAGACCUGGAAAAAACAAAUACAAAUGUAGUGUCAGAGAAAGCACCUGUAUCACUUGAACCUUAUAUACCAAAGAAAAUUCCUGUAAUUGCAGAAAACGUAGAUGAAAAAGUAGAAGUAGUUUGCUCUGCUGCAUUGAGUAACCCUUUACAAGUUCAAAAACUGCAACUUAUAAACACAGAAGACUUUCAGGCAGACAGUGUCAUUCUUGAUAAUUCCUCUGAGCAACAAACACAGCAACCUAAUCCUAUUGUAAUGGCAACAGCAGUUCAGAGCAUGGAAGCUACCAGUGUUCACGCUUCUGUGGAGGAUCCAGUAGGUUGUACAACUACAGUCUUGCAAUUUACAGACCCUGACUACUUGAAUUCACCGCUGAAACUGAAAAAUGCUUUAAGUUCAAUUACUGACUAUGCAAUUGAAAAUCCUAACUCUCAUAUUGUAGGCUGCACUGUUGAAGUACAGCCAACAAGUGAAAAUGCAGUUUUACUGAGUACAGUCACGCAAACUAUUGAGCAGUUCAGUGGAAGUGAAGAAUCUGUCAUCGCUAUUAUUGUGCCAGCUGAGAGUCCAGAAAAGCCUGAAAUAGUAAAUAGUUCUUUCCUGCCUAUUAAGCAAGAGUUUCUUGACACAGAGGAGACAGAAACAGCUAAAUCUGUGUAUAUGAGUGCAUAUGGUGGAAGUGAAGUACUACAAACUGAGCAUUCAUACUGCAAACAAGACAUAGACAGAGAUCACCUUUGGCAAAAAAUUUCAAAGCUCCACUCUAAGAUAACUCUACUUGAAAUGCAGGAGAUAAAAACUUUGAAGAGACUCAGGUCCUUGGAAGCUCUUAUUGGACAACUGAAGCAAGAAAACCUGCUUUCUGAAGAAAAGCUGAAGAUUGUAGAAAACUGCUUUACAACACUUGAAGUGACUAUGAUACAGUAAAGGCUUUCAAUGAUUGUUCUAAAAUAUCUUUUUAGCCUCUUUGACUGUCCUUUUGGACAAAUUAACUUUUGUUUCAGUCUUUGUAUUUUAAACAUUUAAUGCAAAUUGUGUGAAUAGCAAAUACUCUUUAAAAAUAUUACGUCAACCACUACCAAAGCUAGGUGGUAGAAUAUUGCUUAUAAAACAUGACUUGCAAGUAAGAUUUAGAAAAAAAAAUAAAACCUGUUAAAGUUCUGUUAAAAAGUGUAUUAAUUGUAUCAGUAAAGGUAAGUUAAACCUUUCUAGCUGCAGGCUCCUCUGAAACACACAACUCCUGCAUUUGGGGCAGCAGUAGAAUAGACAGAAUAAACAUGUAGGAUGGACAAUUACAAAAUUGUUGGUUUUUAAAAAAAAAGAAAAAAGCAUCCCAAUUCUCUUUCAAAUGAGUAAUGAGGUAUAAGAUGUGUAAUACAUGUUGUCCAAUGAGGCCAUGAUUACUCCUUUAUCUUCUGUUCAUCUAACAUUCAUUCUGAUAGUUUUUUGUACACUUUAACCUUAUUAAAAUUGUUAAAUUGUUUCUGCAAUAAAAGGUGUUUCCUUUCA